GUGAUAAUUCACCAUUUCUAUAAUGAAGGUUACUCAUCCUUAUAGCACUCUACUAUACGUCUCCAUCUUUGUUCUACAGCCUCAAGCUCUGAAUGACGCAGCCUCCCAAAACUUCAUCUCCAACAACCCCAUCAUGACGGAUGGCCAGCCGGUCGAUGGCUUAUCGAGAUGGCUGGAGGAUUUCUCACGCUCAGUCAUUCCAAUCAUGUGUCACUCUCACAACGAUUACUGGAGGCCAUACCCCCUUUACUCGGCUCUCGCAGCGGGCUGUACCGGGGUGGAAGCAGACAUUUGGUUGAGUGACGAUGGAUCCGACCUGCUUAUCGGCCACGAUAAACAUGAAUUGUCUCCCACGAAAACUUUGCGAUCCAUGUAUCUUGAUCCCUUGUUGAACAUUCUCGACACCAUGAAUCCCACGGAGCAAUGGUCGAACUUCAACCGGGCAGAUCGCCCGCAGGGGGUUUUCAGGAGUCAACCGAAUAUCACGGUAGUUCUGCUCCUGGAUGUCAAGAGUGAUCCGUACAAGACGUGGCCAGUGGUGAUGGAGCAGCUUGGACCCCUUCGAGAAAACCUCUUCCUCACACGCUUCGAGGUAGUAAAUACCGAGCCAGGCUUCAGGCUCAGGCAAGAUAUGUGGCCAGGCCCUGUGACCAUCGUGGGUACUGGUAAUAUCAUGGAGGAUCGCUCGAUAAAUCAGUGGCCAACGAAUGAGCCGUACCAGCAGUAUCAUGACGCCUUCCUCGACGCGCCGUUGGAGCAACUUCCCGAUGACAACUGGCGCAAGUACGACGAUUAUGGGUACUUUGGCUCUCAAUUGUGGCAUGAGAAAGACACCUAUUACGCAUCCGUGUCUUUCGAAAAGAGUAUCGGAUCGGUCCGCACUGGGUUCAGCGGCGAGCAACUUGCGAAGUUGAGGAGGCAGAUCAGUACUGCAAAGUGGUCUGGUCUCAAGUCGCGGUAUUGGGACCUGCCCAGUUGGCCAAUUUCAUAUCGUGAUUACGUCUGGGAAGUGUUGACAAGGGAGGGAGUCGACAUGUUGAACGUCGAUGACUUGCAGAGCGCAGCAAGAAGAGGAUGGACAAAGGGGUACGUGCAAAGCGUGAUAUGGAUAGCUUUGACUUCGACUGUCAUCUUCUUGACGGGUCUUGCGAUGACGUGGUACGGAUUCACAGCCAUCAAAAAGCAUAUGAAGGGUCUUCAACCUCAGAGUAUUGUGCUGGCAUAGAC